AUGGCCUCUACCCCAACUCAAACCCAACACGACCCCAAGAAACCCUCAGCCAGUUCAGACUCAAAGAGCAAAGCCAAGUUCGCUGCCCGCAACUUGCGAAUUGACACUCAUCUCCCCUACAAGGACGAUGACCCAUCUACGUGUACGCUGGCUAGGGGAUCACCAGUUACCGCUAUCCCGCCGCUCCCACCCAAGUCUGAGAAACGCAAGAAAGGCCCCAGUGGAGUCCCUAUGGACUCUUUACUAGCACCCAAGUCAGUAUUCACUCCGCCUCUACCCUUCCGGCGCGAUGAGCCCGGCUGGCGCCCUCCUCGAUUCGACAGGGGGAGUCGACCUCACUGUCCGGAGAAGCUGUAUCUCUCUGACAUUCAUAGAUGGCGCUAUAUUGAUAAAUAUGGAAGACGAGUCUAUGCUACUCGUAACACGGCCUUACUGUCGCCUCAGGCUAUCCCGGCAGACGUCCCCUUGAUUAAACCCACAGCUCGAGCUCCCCAAGCAAAGGUUUCCGAGGAGAAGGUUCCCGAGACUGCAAUCCCUCCAACUCAGGUCUCCCCAAUGAAGGCCUCCCCAUCCAUGGUCUCGACUGAACCUGAAUCUGUCCUGAGCAGAAUGCCGUUCACGGAUCCAUCAAGUCCCAUCUCCUCCGCCUCUAGCGACUCCUUGCCCGAGAUCAUGACAAGACAGAGGAGAAAGAGGAGAGAGGAAAUGAAGCAAGCAACGCACAGCGAGGAGGAUUUCUCUGAGGAAGACUUCAGGCAGAUUUACCAAGCCAACUAUCCCCGACUACGCGUCACAGAAACCCCACGCAACCAAGAGGCUGUAUUUUGGGAUGGGGAUGGCAAUCUUACUUACAGUGUCUACUGCCAUGUCAAGGGUUGGAGACUGGCUGAUGGGUAUAACUCCUCCAGAGGAAUAUCGACGUUAUUGAAGAUUUGGGGCCUGUCCGAGUUAGAUUGCGAGUGA